AUGUGGCAGUUGCAUGUAGACGGAGCAUCAAAUCACAAAGGAGCGGGAGCAGGAGUCGUCAUAAUCACCCCAGACGGAACCUUGUUGGAACAAGCUAUCACACUAGGCUUUUCUGCUUCAAACAACGAGGCAGAAUAUGAGGCACUGCUUGCAGGACUACGCCUAGCGAAAGAACUGUCGAUCAAGAGACUGGCCAUCUACUCAGACUCCCAACUGAUCACGAAUCAAGCCUCAGGCGAGUACAUGGCAAAGCAUCCAAGAAUGGUCCAGUACCUCGACAAAGUCCAAGGACUUUUGAAAGAAUUCCCUACUUUCACCAUCCAACAAAUUCCACGGGCAGAGAACACUCAUGCAGAUGCGUUGGCGAGCCUAGGAUCAGCACUGGACACCCAAUUCAGACGCUCCAUCCCAGUUGAACACCUUGACCGGCCAAGCAUCGAAGAAAUAGAGCCGAUCGACUCAAUGCAGAUUGAUGAGGACCCCAGCUGGCAAGACCCCAUCAUCGACUACUUGGUGAAUGGAAACCUGCCAACGGAUAAGUCCGAAGCUAGGAAGGUCCAGCAGAAGGCCGCGAGAUACUAUAUGCACGGCAGCAAGCUCAUCCGUAGAUCAUACUCCAGCCCUCAUCUCACCUGCAUAAAGUACCCUCAAACACUUGAAGUCCUCUGCAAAAUUCACUCGCCCAGAAAACUCUGA